GUGACGACACAGCGCCCCGCCCCCAGAGAUCACGGUAGCCUCCCCCUUCCGGCAUCUUGGGAGGAUACCCGCCAGCACGAGUUCAUUGUUUACGUUUGUAGCAGAGGAGCUUGUUGUAAUUCCUCACUAUUUUAGAAUGCCUGGAAAACACUGCUGUGUAAUAAACUGCUCCAGUUCCUCACAUGACUGUCGCGGAAACCGUAAGAAACCGGUGUUACAGUUUUUUCGUGUCCCUACAUGGAAACAGCACGAAGGAGAGCACGUCUCCAACGUGACUAGUAGACGUCGGAUUUCUUGGGUGGCUGCAAUUAGAAGAAAGGACAUUACUUUCGACCACAUCCCCCAGUCGAUGAGAGUGUGUUCUCUGCAUUUUCAUUCGGGUAAACCAUCAUAUGAGAUGUUGGAGAACCACCCUGACUGGAAACCAUCUUUGCGGUUGGGCCACAGUGAUGUUAAGAAAACAGAUGAAGCGAGAUUUCAGCGGCUAGUAAAGCGCAGGACCCAGCAACACCAGGACCAGCAGCUGUCGGCACAGGACCAGGACCAGCACCAGGACCAGCUGCUGCUGCCACAGCAGUCUUCAUCUCCGGCACAGGAAUGUGUCCUCUGCACAUGUAGACGAGAUGUUAUCAACUGUCUUUUGGAGGAGAACCGAAAGCUGAAGGAGGAGCUUGAAGAGUUUAAACAUUUAAACGCUGUGAUGAUAAUUCCUCGAGCCGUCUUUCCUGCUCCGUCUCUAACCAGACUGAUGUCAUGAAGUGGCGUAUGUACGACAUGCCAAUUCGUAUGCCAUUAUGGCAUGUUAUCGAGACGCAUUAAUCACUUUUAGCGUGUUUAUCAACGCCGUUUGGCCGCCUUUGACCUACAUUAUGUGUGAAUUUUCGCAUAGCUAAUGGUCUAAAGCAUACCUGCAAACUUGUCGCUUUUCAGCAAAAAUCGCUGUUUUGAAUGGGAAACUGAAACAUCGCCCCACGGGACGCUAGUUACGGUAACAACACUACACCUGACAGCAGGUAAC